CACGCUUCUGCUAAAUGAUCCCGAGAAGGGGACAAAAGUGGAGUUCUUUGUGAUAAAAACUACUCUGAGUGAAGUUCAAAAGGUCACUUCUAGUUGAUAAGGCUGGAACAAAGCUGCUCAGUUUCAAUGACAAACCGGAUAUUAUUAUUUUUCUUAGUAGAACCAAGAAACGGAAGAAUAUGAGUUAAGAUUCUUAAUGAGUGUUGAGUGAUUAUUGAAAAAGAAAACACCACGAAAGUGAUUUCUAACUUUCUAGCCUAGUGUCUUAGAAGAUUGCUAGUUGUUCUAAGUUUUUUAAGAGAAAAUCUUUUGAUGCCUCACCCUGCAACGUCAUCUGGCCAAACUCUUUCUGGAUUACGUCUCAACUAACAGCACUGAAUUUUAUGCCCACAAAGAGCUCCGCAAAGUUUUAAUAAUAAUUUUGAAGAUCAUCUCGCAUUGAAAGUACAAAAAGGAGUGGAAGUGAAUUUGGUUUUUUUUUUAUUGCUUACUUCUUAAAAAAUAUAUUUUUUAAUCUAAUUCACGUCUAAAUGCUCAAAUCAUGCUUAAAUCUUUACUAUAUGUGAAUUUAUGUUAAGUUUCCUGUAUAAGGAAAAUCGCACUUGGACAUCAUCGAGCCAUUUUUGUACGAGGAGGAAGAAUAUUGCACGCAUCAUUAUUGUUAAGGGGAGGGAAGGAAAUAUUGUGAAAUUGGGGGUUUGAGUGAGUAAUAAGGGUGUGAUUUCGUAAGUUUACAAAAUACGCUGCAUUGUGCAGAGGACAGAGAUCUCAGUGGUGAUCAAGCAGUGGGUAGUCAGUCAGCAGUGAGUGGUGAACGGAGUAGGAAGUUUGUUGUGAUCAAGUGAAUUUUAUUUUACAAUAUGGAUACAACUUUUCGACCGAUGGUGCCGAAUGCGUUCAGUCGCAUGGCGCCGGCGAACAAGCCGGACGAGGCGCAGGUGGGCCAGGCCGCGAGUGGGGAGCAGAAGAAGUGCUUCCACCAUCGGCUGUCGCACUGUGGGCGCUUCCCCAUGCACACGCAGCAGUGCCAGCAGCGGGUCAUGCGAGUGCCGGCCGCCACGAAUGCCAAUGCCGAGGCGGAGGGCGCUGGAACUGCUGCAGUUCCAUCCGGGGUCCUCCUGCCGCCGGCCAAUGCGGCCCUGCUGGCCGAGCGCUACCUUCUGCUGGAUCUGGUGGACGGCGGCUCGCUGUACAAGUGCGUGGACGUGAAGACUCACGAGGAGCUGGUGUGCAAGAUUGCGAACAAUCCCUGCUCAAAUCUGCUGACGGCCCAUUUUCGCCUCGAUGGACACCCACACAUAAAUCCACUGCAGAAAGUCAUUCAAGGAUCCAAUCAGACUUAUCUCUUCUUCACGCCGUCACAGGGUGAUCUCCAUUCCUACGUGCGCGUCCGCAAGCGUCUCCGUGAAGUGGAAGCACGACGUUUGUUCCGACAAAUGUGUGAAACGGUGAAAGCAUGUCACGAACAAGGGAUCGUUUUGAGAGAUCUCAAGCUUCGAAAGUUUAUUUUCGCCGAUGAAGACAAAACCCACUUAAGAUUAGAGUCGCUGGAAGACGCAGUGGUGUUGGAUAAUCCGGCUGAGGAUUUGCUGCAAGACAAGAGAGGGUGUCCCGCCUAUGUAUCACCGGAAAUCCUUAAGGCGAACACAACGUAUUCGGGCAAGGCGGCUGAUAUGUGGUCACUGGGUGUAAUUCUCUAUACAAUGCUAGUUGGACGUUAUCCGUUUAAUGACUCGGAACACGCAUCGCUGUUCGCGAAGAUAUCGCGGGGUCACUUUCAGGUGCCGGAGUGCCUGACUUCGAAGGCGCGCUGCAUGAUUCGGGCGCUGCUGAGGCGGGACCCGGAGGAGAGGAUCACGUCGGAGGACAUCCUCUACCAUCCGUGGCUGCUGCACGAGGACAGCCGGGAGGCGAGUCGAACCACUGGCGAUCAGUGCGUGCCGGAAAUCGAUGAGUCGGGAGACGAGGAUGACGACAAGUGAACUGACGGCGAAAGUGCAGAGCUGAAGAGACAUUUCUUGAAUAGAAUCACACCAACAGCUUUAUCAUGUUUAAAUGCAAGAAGGAGAAAAAGCGAAGAAGGAAAAUGAAUUAUCUCUCGAUUUUCAAGAGGAUGCGUGAAUUGUUAAUUGUUACAACUUUUUAUUUAAAAGAAAGAAACUUAUCUUUUAGUUUUGCCAGAAUACAAAAAAGCGAUUUUAUAUUUUACUUUGUAACUAUAGAAAAAGAAGAAAAGAGGAACAUUGAAGGCGAAGAUGGAAUGAGAAGAGAUGUUUUUUUUAAUUUUUAAUAACUAUUGAAUUGUGAUUUUUCUCCAUAGUUUAUCUUUUUUUCUUAAUUUAUACGCAAUGGAAUUAUUGAGAGAGAGAGAGAAAUGCGAAAUGAGAAGUGAAUUAUGGAUUGGGAUGUUGAGGAGAGGAGUUAAGGAUAUGCCAUGAAAUUAAGAAGUAAUCAACCCCGUAAAAUAUUGUGAAAUUUCCAAUGAAAUAUAAAUGUUUUUAUUUAGGGGCUUUUUUGCAUAGAUUUUUUUGUGCAAAAGAAAGUGUGAACAGAAGAAAUUUUAUACAAGAACACACACAAACACACAAGAGAAAUAUUAUUGAAGGAAAUAUGCGAAAAUGUGCAAUUUUAAACCUUUCACAUUCAAUCUGAUAUCAAUUUUAGUGGAAUUUUAACCCUCAAUUGCCAUCAAAGAUGAAUAACAAUUUUAUAGCCCUGCAAUUUCUCUGUCGAAAUAAUGAAAUCCCCCCAAUUAUAGAAAUCAAACUCUUAACUAUUAAGACAAUGUGAUGGAAAAUUUUGAAAUUUAUAGCAGCCCAGAAAAUCUGUGUAGAAUAAAACAGACAGAUGGAAAAAGAGGGCUUUCCUCUUCAUUUUAAAACAUUUUGUUUUAUGAAUCACAGAUAAAAAAAGAGGAUGGGAAGGAGAGAAAUACAAAUUUUACUUGUAUAGACAUUUUUAUUCUGUGUAAAUGAUGAUAGAAAUUUAUUUUAACUUAACGGAUAAACAUUUACUAUUAGAAGAAAUGGACUUUUUAAUGAUAGGAACAAGUAAAUUUAAAGAAAAACAAGUGGUUUGUAAUUUUAUGUCAUAACAUUUCAGUGUCAUGUAAUUUAUAACAAUAUAUGCCUAAUAUUCUUCCUCUAUCGAACAGAAAACAAUAAAGAAAUGUUGAGAAAAUUA